AUGGGAUCAUCAGGUGCUGGUAAGACUACGUUGUUGAAUUGUUUGUCAGAAAGAGUGACUACAGGUGUUAUUUCUGAUGGUGUUAGGAUGGUUAACGGACAUUCGUUAGACUCAUCAUUCCAAAGAUCUAUUGGUUACGUCCAGCAACAAGAUUUACAUUUGCCUACCUCCACUGUUAGAGAAGCAUUAAGAUUUUCGGCACAAUUGAGACAGCCAAGCUCAGUUAGCACCAAAGAGAAGAACGAUUACGUAGAGUACAUCAUUGAUUUAUUGGAUAUGUUUCCAUAUGCUGAUGCCUUAGUUGGUGUUGCAGGUGAAGGUCUUAAUGUUGAGCAGCGUAAGAGAUUGACCAUUGGUGUUGAGUUAGUUGCCAAACCAAAGUUAUUAUUAUUUUUGGAUGAGCCUACUUCAGGUUUAGAUUCUCAAACAGCUUGGUCCAUUU